AUGGACAUGACGGAUAUGCCCGCGGGCGGCGUCCCGUGGCUCGAUCAGCCCGUGGAGAUGCACUCGUCGCGGGAAACCACGUGCAGCAUGACACCCGAGCAGUGUGCUUACAAGAUGCGACACUGGGUGUUCUGGUACGAGGCAGACCACGUCUACGCGCUCGGAACCGUCUACUUCUUCAUCGCCACGAUCGCGCUGUAUUUUAUCAGCUUCUGGACCCUUCGACUCGCGCCCCGGUGGCUGCAGAAGAAUGCUGUCUGGCAGAAGACCGUUGGGGCUGUUCGGUAUAUGGUAUAUCGCCAUUACGAAUCGAGGCUGUUACGGUGGUAUACGCCAUCAUUGGGGGUUAUCGCUCUGAUAGGGAUUGGGGCGGUCUUCUUCCUUGCAAUGACUCUUGGGCCGCAGCCGUACUACUGGCCCAACACCCCCGAGCUCAGCUACGGCAACUCGCCGCCUAUCGCGACGAGGGCGGGCUGGAUGGCGUUGGCUUGUCUGCCGUUCCUCAUCAUCCUACCGACGAAAGCGAACAUGAUCGCGUUCCUGACUGGUGUCUCCCACGAACGGCUGAUCAUCUUCCACAACUGGGUUGGCUGGGCUAUGUUCGCCCUGGCACUGGUCCACACAUUCCCGUUCAUCGUCUACCACGAGUGGAAAGGAGACAUGGAGAUGAGUUGGCGAACUGAUGUCUACUAUUGGACUGGUGUCAUAGCCCUGGUCGCUCAGGCAUACCUCCAGUUCAUGUCCAUUUCCUGGAUCAGGAACCGGUUCUAUGAGUUCUUCAAAGUCACCCACUACAUUGCAGCUCUGGUGUUCGUGGUGUUCUUCUUCCUACACUGUGACUUCACACUGACCUCCUGCGACUACUUCAUUGCCGCUGGAGUCGUGUACGCCUUGCACUUCCUGUACCACCAGAUUCGAACAUACUUCGAGUAUGGCAUCAAGCAUCGAGCCACUUUCAACAUGGUGUCCGACCAGGCGUUGAAGAUCACUAUACUGACCAACGCGACGUGGUACCCAGGACAGCACGUCUUUCUGCGCUUCUUGACCUUGGGUGUCCAUGCUUUCACCGCUCACCCCUUUACCAUAUGUAGCGUGCCGAGCCGAGACAGCGGGAAAUCGAAGUUGGUCUGCUAUGUCCAGCCGCGCGGCGGGACCACAGGCCGACUGGCAUCAGCGGCUGCGAAGUGGCCAGGCCACAGCGUGCCGGUGCUUCUUGAUGGACCUUAUGGAGGUAUCAGGGGACGGCCGCUUCACAGUUAUGACCACACCGUCAUCAUCGCAUGUGGUGCUGGGGCACCAUUCGCACUCGGCCUGAUCAUGAAUCGCCUUCUCGUUUUGGCCUAUCAAGCGAGAUCCUCGGCGGAGAAGCCGACAGCGAGGAUGGAGGUGAUCCUGUCGUCGCGAGAUGCGCAUAUCGCCGAGUGGUACACAGAUGCGUUGGCAGAUUUCCUGCACGAGAACGACAUGCCCGUGGGGCUUGAUGGGCUUGACGGGGUCGAGAUCAUCCUGCAUUACACUGGGCGCAGCGAGAAACAGCCCUCUGAGAAGGAUUCCUCUGAGAAGGAGCCCUCUGAGAAGGUAGAGCAAGAUCCGCACAACAGCAUACCGAUUCCCGUCGUAUACAGCCGUUGCGUUAUUCGAGAUAUCAUUGAGAGGGCAACGAGUAAAAGCGGAAGUUCGGUCGCGAUCGUGGCUUGCGGACCAGCUGCGGUGCUGAAAGACUCCAAUGAUGUUGCGGCGUUGGCACAGAAGCGGAUACUCCAGUCAAGUUCCGGCGCUCGGGAGGUGUACUUACACACGGAGCUCUUCUCGUGGUAA